AUGGAAGUCACGAGCACACACACGAAUUCAACUACGAAGCGCCUGAAUGGAGGCUGUGCAAAUUCCUGGCGAUCCAAUGACCAACCCGAAGUGCAGAGACAUAAUCUGAGAGGACUGAUCGUCCCCGACGCUCCAAGUGGCCUUCUUGGCGGUCGCAAGAAUUUAUGGAUGAGAAUGAGCUUCGCAUACUGGAGCAGCCUACACAUUGAUCACCAUCUGCAUGAAGUGCUCCUCUUGCCGCGCAGUCACCACGAUGCUCGAUUAUGGGAGACAAAGCUUCGUGGAAUAGACCACCAAAGGCUCUCGCGAUGCUCUCCGACGACAAAUGUUGCUGAACUGUUGAUGGCGGCGACGACCUUUGGAAAAAGGCGAAUGCAUGGAGGGCAACUCAUCUUUAUUGUCAUUCCAUGCCUGCGGAGCAUCUUGCAUGUGCAUGUCUUCUUGACUUUCUGGUAUUGCUCCACGCCGCACUUCUUCUUAAGUGUGUCUUCGUUCGGCUUCUUUGGCUUGUCGCCGACUAUCGCAUUGCCAUCUUUGAGCCUGAGGUGGAAGCUCAUAACGGUGACCUCGUCUAGCUCAGCCUGCUCCUCUUUCCGCUUCUGCUGCUUUUUUUCUUGGGCUUCUUUGUCUAGGUUCUCUGUAGCGCCGAUACUUACUCCUGCCUUUGGAGAUGGCUGUAAUAGGAGUGAAGGGUGCAGGAAUUGCGACUGGGGCCCGAUCACAUACAACCCACACUUGACCGAAGAUGGGUUGAGCGAUGCAGAGGCCUGCUAUGUUGCGUGGAGCAUGACGGAUCCAAAAAAUCCCUGCACCAACCACGAUAGAAUACUACCUUCAUGGGACCCAACAGAAGCUAUCAAACGCCGACGAGGAUCAAUGCCAGGUAGCUGUCAUGUUGAUGACACGAUGGACUCACCUCAUUUUUGA